AGUAAUAGUCCAUUAAACAUCAUACUCGUAUCAUUCGUCCAUCCAUUGUUACAAAAGUAGUCAUCGAAUUUCCAGAGCAAAAUUUCUUCAUACCCCAAACUAACUGAUCCGCAAUGUCGUCGCAGGGCAGCGAUCCACGCAUGCCGUCGGCGGUCAAGCCGUACAAACCUCAGGCGGUGUCCCCUCAGGAUCUUCCUAUAGACUACUCCGGCUUCAUCGCCGUCGUCUUUGGUGUUUUCGGUGCCAUGUUCCGAUACAAAAUAUGUUCGUGGCUCGCAAUAAUUUUCAGUGCUCAGUCACUUGCUAACAUGAAGAAUAUGGAGACUGAUCUCAAGCAAAUCUCCAUGGCAAUGAUGUUCGGUAUUAUGGGCUUGGUUACAAAUUACUUGGGUCUCGGCCCUCGACCAAGCAAGAAAAGUUGAACGGGGUAGUUGCUUCCUGUCUUUGUUUUGGUUCAUUUGAUUUUUGUUUGGAUUACGGAAGUAGGGGACUCUAUCUUCUUUGAACGAGUGUGGGAAAUUCUUAUUUAUGUGCCCCCCUUGAUGACGCCUUAUUCUUAUAUAUUCUUAUCAACUUUGUUAUUCAAUCAUUAAUUUAGACCCCCUUAUUUUGACAAGCCAUAAUGUCAUAUUAUGGCAACAAUUCAAAUUCGAGCACCUACGAUGUUCCAUUCGUAAAAUCGAUGGUUCCUAAUUCCCUAACCCAGCCCCCUUGCCCCCUCCUCCAACAGAUUGCUAAUUUGACAGCCAAUUUAUUAGCUGCCAAAUUGGCGAUCGGGGGUGCAUGGGGUUAGGGG